AUGUCGACAGACAUCAAGACAUUAUUCAAAAAUCAUACCAUUUUCCACAAAAAGGAUGCGUCACUGCCCCGGAUAUAUGUCGAUGGGUGUUACGAUAUGUUCCACUGGGGACAUGCCAAUGUCAUACGACAAGCUUGUGCUGCGUUUGAUUAUAAGUGUGUGUUGGUCUUAGGUAUAUGUGACAAUCCAAUCAUUGAGAAACACAAGGGUCCGACUGUGAUGACGGAAGAAGAGAGAAAUUUGGCUGUUCAAUCGUGUCAAUGGGUUGAUGAAGUCGUUGAUGGAAUUAAUAUAUGGGACACUGAUAUUAAUAUGAUGAAAUUCUUUCACAUCAAUUAUGUUGUUCACGGCGAUGAUAUCUCAAUGAAUACGGUCACCGGAAAGAAUAGCUACCAAGAAAUUAUCGAUGCUGGAAUGCUCAAAUUAGUUCCACGAACAGACGGAGUCUCUUCGACCGAUUUAAUUUACAGGAUGAUGCACAGCGAAAGCAAAGAACAUUGGUGUGGCCUCAAACAUGCAAACCUUUCUGUUGAGAAGUUGAGGAUGUUCUCCUCCACCAAAAAGGAGAGAACCAAAGACGACAAAAUUGUAUACAUCGAUGGGAGUUUCGAUAUGUUGCACGCAGGACACUAUGAGUUGUUCCGUAAGGCCAAAGAGCUUGGAACGUAUUUGGUUGUAGGUGUUUUCGAUGACGAAACAGUCAAUGGGUAUAAAGGGAAGAACUAUCCCAUUCUUAAUUUGGGAGAAAGAGUGAUGGGACUUUUGGCGUGUCGAUACGUCGACGAUGUCAUCAUUGGAGCCCCCAAAGGAGUGACUAAAGAAAUGAUCGAAAGAAUGAAAAUCAGUUGUGUAGUCCAUGGGAAGUGUGAGAAUGGUAUUGGAAAGAACUUUUAUAGUGAUGCUGUUGAUAUGGGUGUGUAUAAAGAAGUCGACUCGGGAAAAACUUUAACCUCAGACGAAAUCAUUGAAAGAGUCAAAGAGAGAGAAAAGUUGUUUGAGGCCAGAAACGCUAAGAAGAUCAGAUAA